AAAAAAACUUUCUUGCAAAAGUUUGUUCGUUCGAGGUUGAAUCAGAACAGAACAGACGCAGUUCUUCUUUUGGGAUUUUUGUUUUCGAUUUCACUUUUUUUUCUUGUUUUUUUUGUUUUUGUUUGUUUUUUGGAUAAAAUCUUUUGAAUUCUUUUUUCUGAUUUAAAUCGCCCCCCAAAAAAAAUUGUGAUUCAAAAUAAUUCUCAAUCGAAUGAUGAUGAUAAUAAUGAAUUGAAUUGGGCUUGAAUCUUUUCAAUUAUGGAUAAUUUAAAGUUAAUAAUAUUUGGUUUCAAAGAUGGCCUUUAUGAUUCAAUAUUUUUUGGAAUUUAUGUGAUAACAACUGUACUCACACAACAACAACAAAGUAAACAAUCAAUCAAUGUUUUAAAACGUAUACGACAAUGUUGUCUACUUGGUGGCCUUUUAAUGUUUUCUAUGAUAAUUUUUAAUUAUUUUUUACAAUUGUUAAAUAUAAUUGUUACAAUAAUAUUUGGUUCACAACAACAAUAUGGUACAACAUGGUUAUGGUUAGAAUCAACAUUAUCAACAUUAUUUUCGGCAUUAUGGGUUUUACCAUUAAUAUUUCUAAGUCGUAUUGUGACCGCUUUAUGGUUUCAAGAUAUAGCAGAUAUUUCAUUCAAAGGCCGGCCACAAGCUUUCAAAAGCAUUUCAAAAUUAAUUGCUGACACUUUGUUUAGCAUGUUGAUACAGAUUUUAUUUUUGAUACAGGCAAAUCUAUUCUAUUUUUUUCCGAUCAAAUUUAUCGGUCAAUUAUUGAGUAUUCUACAUACAAGCCUUCUUUAUUCAUUAUAUUCAUUUGAAUAUAAAUGGUUUAAUAUGGGCUGGGAAUUAUAUAAACGAUUACAUUAUAUUGAACGAAUGUGGCCAUAUUUUUUUGGAUUUGGACUUCCAUUAGCUUUAGUUACACAUUCACUUCCAAAUUAUUAUCUAAAUACGGCUUGUUUUGCAUUUUUAUUUCCUUUAUUCAUUUUAAGUGCAAAUGAAACACAUCUUGACCUUAAAAAAAGUGAUCAUAAAAUACCAUUCUUUUCGGGUGUUGUUUGGAUUUCCAAUAAAUUAAUGAUAGUCCUUCCAUAAAUCAAUUUGCAAAACGAAAUACCUGGAUAAUAAUUAUGGAAUAAUUCAAAUUUAUAACCAAAAAAC